AUGGCCGAGGGCUAUGCCAAUGACACCGAGUGGGCUAACGUCACUCCUAUCGAGCUUGACGAUGGCUCCGAGUCCGGCGCUAUGCCGCUGGCCACCAUCGCCUAUCCGCCCGAGUACCUUGAGGCAACGUCGUACCUGCGGGCCGUGAUGGCCGCGAAUGAAAUGUCCGAACGGGCACUGAAGCUGACCAAAGACGUGAUUUCUAUGAACCCAGCACAUUACACUGUAUGGAUUUACCGGGCAAGGAUCCUUUUCGCCCUGGACAAGGACCUCGUCGAAGAACUCAACUGGUUAAACGGAGUCUCUUUAAAAUACCUCAAAAACUACCAGAUCUGGCACCACCGUCAAGUCUUAGUCUCCUCACGGACACACUUCCCGACAAUGCCCACCAAAGAACCAGACUUCCUAAUGGAAAUGUUCGCUCAAGACUCCAAAAACUAUCAUGUCUGGACAUACCGUCACUGGCUAGUUCGCCACUUCAAGCUCUGGGACUCACCCCGGGAAAUCGAAGAUGUUGAGACGCUCAUCAAAGCUGACGUGCGCAACAACUCCGCCUGGAACCACCGGUAUAUGCUGCGAUUUGGCCCGCGUGACGACGAGCCGGACGCGGGAAUGGUCAACGCGGGUAAAUCUCAGAGCAAGCCGGAGGAGAAGGGCCGGUUGCCUGUUGUGGACGAGGACCUUGUUGAUGAGGAUCUGAAGUAUGCGCAGAAGCAGAUCCUACGGGCACCUGAAAAUCGGAGUCCGUGGUGGUAUGCGCGUGGUGCGUUGCAUGCGGCUGGCAGGAGCUUGGGAGAGUGGGAGGAGUUCGUGGCGAAGUUUGUGGAAGGGGAUGAGGUGAAGAGCAGCCAUGCGGUAGAGUGGCUGGCUGAUGUUUACGCGGAGGCGGAGAAGACAAAGGCGGUUGAAAUGCUGACUAUGUUGAAGGAUAAGUAUGAUCCUAUUCGAAAGAAUUAUUGGGAUUAUCGGAUUCGGAUGUUGGGACAGGUUGCGUGA